CACAAAAGUGAGGCGUCCCUUUGCUAUUCUCUUUCGCAUUUAAGCUCGAUAUCUUUGCGUCUUUGAUAUACCUUAUGCGCGCCUCAUCCAAUAUCGUAAGAACCUGAAAGGAUGGAGCCCGACUUCACGGACCCAAGCCACGAAUGGUGGGCUCAGCCAUCGGACGGCUGCUUGGUUCCACUGGUGCUUCAGUGCGGCCAACAGCCGGACCUUCUGCCCGAGACUUCAAGAUGGUCGCGUCUGGGGAAGUCAUCGUCUCGAAUCUCACCAUUGUUACGCGUCUCGUACUGGGCCGGCUCAUCUUUGUUUGUUCCUGGCACAAGAGAGUACAACGUCAGCCUGUUCACACUAGCAGUAACGGCGCUGAAGCUGCUCGUGACUUGGCCGGUUCUGUGCAUGCUGGUCUGCUGGGCGGGUAAUCUUGGUACGACGACACAGCAGCUUGUCGAUGCUCGCAACAAAAAGGACUCACGUUACGAUAACGUAUGCGUUCUCUCAAGGGAGGGAAGUGGUCAGAAGAGACCGCUCUCAAAUCGGCAUGCGAUAGAGCAGGAUGUCAUCCUUUCUGGUUCCCUGCAAGAAGCAAGGGCCCCGCCGUUUGAGCAGCAAUACACCGACAAUAUCAGGUUGAGCGGGUCUUUGCCGCCAUCAGGGCCGCAUGUCGAUAACUCGCCGACCUCUCUUCGUCCACGAUAUCUAUGCUUUGUUAAGGACUUUGAACAAGGCAUAUACGAGACAGUCAAGGUUUCUGACUACCUCGAGCAGCAUGGAGAUGACGUAGACUUAGAGUUUGUCUUCGUCUCAUACACCAGGCUCCAGUUCAGGGUAGCUACUGAGGAGGAGCUCAACAAGCACGACUACCCAGACGAGGCCAUUAGGGACGCUAACAAAGAAGUCGCACGACAGGAUCGAGAGAUAUUGGCCAAGUGGGGCAUGGAUGCUGCGAAAAGGGUGGGGAAGAGGGCAUUUUGGCUCGACUUCGAGUGUGUUAGGAACGACGACGGCAUCGCACGAUCAACGAGCAGCAGUCAGGACGUCUACCGAAUUUGCGACAUUGUUCGCGCGGCACACUCCAUGAUCAUUGCCAUCGGACCACCCGCCAACGAUAAGGUCGCCUCAAUUCUUGCUGGUUCUGAGCCCCCUGAGUACAGGCGUGAGAACGUCACGCCAUGGCUGCGACAGUGGGGAUCGCGCCUAUGGACGCUGCCGGAGCUUCUACUUUGCCCAGCAGAAUAUCGUAUACGACUCUAUGUCCUCGGAUACCCUGCGGAACCCAAAGAACUGGCGAAACGCAACUUCGCUGAGCGGGCGUGGGACGAUGCUGAGGCUGUGAAGGAACUUGUGGAUCAUUUCGAAGGAUCCGCGAUUCUUACCGACCUCCGACUCAUCGAAGCUGCGCUCGCUUGUUUCUCGAGGCGUCAGACGGAUCAGUUCAACAAGGGAGACAUCGCGUAUGCAACAAUGGGUCUCUUCCCCAACCGUCAUCGACCUCCAGUGAACAAAGAAGACUCCGGGUUCCAAGCCUUUGCCAAGCUCUCCAUUGCUAAUGACAGCGGAGCCUUUCUCAGCAGGUUGAUAUCUCUCUCUCCGCCAGAUGGGGCUCCAUGGCACCAGGUAGAGGAUACCUGGGGUGCCCGGCUCAGCGAGAUCUUCCCAAGCGUCAGCAUAUCAGGCGUGGUCGGCGCUGACACAGUCAUGCUGGACAAGGUAUACGGUGCGACAAUUCAUUGGGACAACCUCGAGCCAGAGCCUUAUUUCGAUCGGGGCUUCGGGAUGCGUUAUCUCGUCUUCGUUGGCUUCUCAUACGGCGCAUGUUUCUCCGUCCCAAUGGCGUUCUCUCUCUUCACAGGCAUUGCCAAUAUCGUGCUCUCGGACUUUAUGCGAUUAUCGAUAUGGCAGGUCUAUAUGUGGCUCCUGCCUCUUGCCGUGGUUUUUGCUUUAUUGUUCCCAAUAGUGUUGAUCUCAACGCGAGGCAGAGUCAAACAGCCAGCCAAGUCCCGGCUCAUCGGCAUAGAGGGCAUUGUCGACUCUGCGAGCAUUGAGAAGCACCUUUGGGGGUUUAAUCAUGGCAAUCUCACCGCUACGAAUCCGCAGCACUACACUGAUGAAGCUGACCUCCGAGCUCGUUCAGCGUCAAGCCAGUCCUCCGGACCUUCUGUUGGAAGUGGCAGUUUCGCUUUCACCCUGGUGGAUACAUACUUGAUGACGGUCACACAUUUUCAAUGCCAUCUGCCCCCGGUCGCCAUCUUCGAAUGCGGUUCCGAAGGCGGUCUCCAGCGGACUCUUCUCUGCUCUUACGACGCUCGGACAAACACUUUCCACAGGCAAGCUGUCUUAAGAGUGAAUCGUCGGGGGGUCGAGCAGCUGCACCGGAUUGAUCGGAUUCGGCUAUCACUGGCACCCCACCCUCGACACAACGAGCAGACCCCUAGCACCAUACACGAUAUGCCGUCAACAUCUUUCCCUAGUGACGAUCUAGAACCCACACGAGUGCAGAACAGCGCUGCUAAGACUACGAGUCUUGUCAAUGGUUCCCGCACAUGGAAGGUGGAGUUUCUAUUCUUCGCACUAUGCCUUGCCGGAUGGAGCACACUUGGCCCAUCUUCCACUAAGGCAUCCAUCUUUCAUGUGUCUUUCCUCCUGGGCCAACUGCCAGGCUUCAUCCUGCUGCAGUAUUUGCCACUUAGCCAUGUCACCAUCUGCACUUUUGCAGCGAACAGUACUUACUCAGGAGUCUUCAUUUCUCUCCUCCCCAAGUCAGAAGCUAAUUCUUGAACAGUUCUGACUAGCAUUGCGCGAAGCGGGGGGCUGUUUCACGGUACCGCCGUGCUGCUUUCUAUUAUUCACGGUGUUCUCAAAGGUUGCCUCGCGGUGACGCUCGUCAAGUACAUGAUAUCAUGGUACCCCAUCAAGGAGUUGCCGCUGCGCUUCCUCUUCUGGAA